UGUGCUGUGACGUCAAGCGUGUUCGUCAGAGGAGAACCUGUAACAGGAAAAAAAAAAGAAAAAAAAGAGAGAGAGAAACGAAAUCCGCAGAAGAAAUCUCACGCUUUGCCACCCAGCGACUCCUCAAGGAUCAGAGUCGGAGUUUGUGCACGAUCUUCAGCGCGCGCGUCUGUGCAUUUGCCCGGUGUCCUCUCAUGCAAGCGGGGAGGAUUGUGAACGCGGAGCUUGCGCUUUUGUAUAGUUAGUUUUUUGUUGUUUUGUUUUUUUGUUUGUAUCAAGCACUGAGAUCAAGAGAGCAGCGCAGAAGUUUCCACUCCUCUACAGGAAUGUCCCAGAAGGAGAGACCGACUUUCUAUCGACAGGAGCUCAACAAGACCAUAUGGGAGGUGCCGGAGCGCUACCAGAGUUUGUCGCCCGUGGGUUCUGGAGCGUACGGAUCCGUAUGCUCGGCGUUAGACUCUAAGACGGGCCUGAGGGUCGCGGUCAAGAAGCUGUCCCGGCCGUUCCAGUCCAUCAUCCACGCCAAGCGCACAUACAGAGAACUCCGGCUCCUCAAACACAUGAAACACGAGAACGUAAUUGGUCUACUAGAUGUUUUCACGCCCGCGACCAGUCUAGCAGGAUUCAAUGACGUGUAUCUGGUGACUCACCUGAUGGGAGCAGACCUCAACAAUAUCGUCAAGUGUCAGAAGCUGACAGAUGAUCACGUCCAGUUCCUCAUUUAUCAAAUCCUGCGAGGAUUGAAGUAUAUUCACUCAGCAGACAUCAUCCACAGAGAUCUUAAACCCAGUAACUUGGCUGUAAAUGAAGACUGUGAACUUAAGAUUUUGGACUUUGGGCUGGCCCGGCUGACUGACGAUGAGAUGACGGGAUACGUUGCCACCCGAUGGUACCGUGCCCCAGAGAUCAUGCUUAACUGGAUGCACUACAACAUGACAGUGGACAUCUGGUCGGUGGGCUGCAUAAUGGCUGAGCUCCUCACAGGACGGACUCUGUUUCCCGGCACUGAUCAUAUUGAUCAGUUGAAGCUUAUCUUGAUGCUCGUCGGAACCCCAGAGGCAGACCUCUUGAUGAAAAUCUCCUCAGAGUCUGCAAGGAACUACAUCAAUUCCCUUCCUUAUAUGCCCAAGAGGAACUUCGCAGAUGUGUUUAUUGGUGCAAACCCAUUAGCUGUGGACCUGCUGGAGAAGAUGCUGGUUCUGGACACAGACAAACGGAUUACCGCUUCACAGGCUCUCGCGCACCCGUACUUCGCCCAGUACCACGACCCGGACGACGAGCCCGAAGCAGAUCCCUACGACCAGAGCUUUGAGAGCCGCGAUCUGGACAUCGACGAGUGGAAACGGCUCACGUAUGAGGAGGUGGUCAGCUUCGAGUCCCAUGUUCGACGGAGACGAGAUGGAGUCAUGAAGGCUGCUCGACCUACAGGAUCUUCAUCCAUACAGGACAAUGACAUUCAAGUGCCUGCCAUCAUCAAGUGCUGGCUUCCCCGUCUUCUGAGACCGCUCAUCCCUGCCUUCAUACACGCUCUGUCAAAUGAGGGAAAGAAACGUUUCAAAAAGGACACAAAGAAUGUAAGGUUGUGUGUCCUGUACCCCUGUAAAUUAAAGGGACAGUUCACCUAAAAAUUAAGAUUUAUGUUGUUCCAAACGUGUACGAGUUUCUUUCUUCUGUUGAGCACAAAAGAAGAUAUUUUGAAGAAUGCUUGUAACCAAAUACUUGAUUGUUGCUGUUGACUUGUUUUUUUUCCCAUGCUAUGGAAGUCACCAGCUUUUUGGUUACCAGCAUUCUUCAAAAUAUCAGGAUUGGAACAACUUGUGGGUGAGAAAAUGAACACAUUUUUAUUAUUAUUAUUUUUUUUUUUGGUCAAAACACUUGUAAUUACAAAAAAAAAUUCUUAUAAAAAAUCCAAAAAGCAAUCAGUCAAAUUCACAUCAGCAUUUUAAGCUCACAGUUUUCUAUUCUUUCUCUGGGGAAGCAAAACAUUUACCUCUGAACUCCGCGUGUAGCCUAUAAUAAACACAGGCCAGAAAAACUUGAGUACUGUCAGAAUACUAAGUUUUAGACAUGUAAAUAAAAUGGCACUGCUGUACAUAAAUGAUAAUGAUGUGCACCGACAGUUUUAUUUAGCAUUUGCAGCAAAGCACACAUCGCAGAAUGCGAUCUGCGUUAUAAAUAGCAAACGAACGAACUAAAGAGUGAAUCUGAUCGCCUAAAGAGAAUGUAAUUAUUAUUUAGUGCUCUGUGUAGAAUGUAAACAGAAGAGUAUAUAUCGACGCAGUGUUCUUCUGCCAAACGCAUCUUUGUCUCAGACAUUAAUAGAUGACAGAAACAGUAAUAAAUGCUGUUUAUACGAAUGAACGCAGACAUGCUUGGAAAAAACACAAAAUAAUGUUAUGGGCAAAUCUUACAAAACCUCUCAAGAACAUGUCCAGAUCAUAAUUAACCACAAAAUCUAAAGAGAAAAAAUUGUAUAAUAUAUUUUAAAUAUAGAGAAAAAUAAUUUGCAUUUUUUGCAUGCUUUAUAUUAUUUGAAAACCAAUAACUGUUAUUGUAUUAUUAUUUAUAUAUCAAUGAUUUAUUCAUUUUACUUUGUCGACACAUUAUUGCCAUGAUGCACAAAAAAAAAAUUAAAAAAAUCAAGUAAUUUUCAUUGCUGUAAUGCAGUGAAAUACUGUGAUAGUAAUUUAAAUUAUAAAUUAUUUUUCCAUCACUGUAGUAUUUGUUGUAUGGCUUUUAUAUAGAGUUACAUUUAAAUUUGUACAAAUAACAUUGUUUUACAGUAUUGAGGCUCACCAUUCAAAAAAGACAUGAAAAUAGAAGUUUGUAAAAAUAAAAAAAUGGAAGUCUCUAAAAAAUAUGUUGUCUUUCAUUUUUGACCUUUUUUGGACAUGUUUUUAACUGGUUUUGUGUGAUUUACCCUUUUUAUCUCCCUGAUUGUCUGCCUGUUUUUCAAAUGCUUGCUGUUCCCUUCACUCCAUGUUAAAGGGCAGCUGAUCUCUAGCUAGACUAGAGCAUAGUUUCUCCCCUCAUUAAUUUAUUAUUUAUGUAAACUGAGAGAAAUGGGUUUAAAACAGGACAGGGACUGUUUUUCAAUAGGAAGUUCAUGUCAACAGAACAUUAUGGUCCACAAUAAGUAGUUCCCAUUUAUUUUUGCUUGCCCUGGGAAAGACGUACAACCACAAAGUUCCUGUUUGCGAAAGUGAAAGAACCUGAGCCAAUAUUCUGCUUCUCCGUUGCGCAUGAUGAUCUUAAUUUAACAGCCCAGACCAGAAGACUGUCUCGUCAGGAAUGUGUUUUCUCUCAAGCAGAGCCGGCAUCUAACUUAUUGUAUCAGUUGUUUAAGUUUAUUUUUAAAGUGUUUUCUUUAUCACUGUAUAUUAUCACUUAAUUUUAUUCAGCAAUAUUUUCUGUGUUGAGCAUGUAUUGUUAUACGUGAGGGGGUGCAUUUGUUUGUUUGUUUGUUUGUUUGUAUGCACAUUUACAGUUUUCCGACGAGUGGAAAAUCACUAAACGUGUCGAUCGGUGGUGCAUCAAGCAGCAAAAUUCAUUCAAUGUGGUUUAUACUUCAUUUUUUGUCGCAUGGAAUCCGUUUCUCAUGAGAAAGAGAUUACUGAAUCUCUUUUUUGUGCAUAUAACCGGUUUUUCUUCAGUCACACUCAAACUUAUGUGGUCUGUGAACAACCACUGCUAUACAGGAAUAAAGGCAAUUAUUUUUCA